GCUUUACAGACCCAGAUGGAGUUUGUCGUCAUGCAGAUGCUAGUGGUGAAGUCUCUGGCUCAGUUCUCUUUGCCUCUCCCGCAGACGCUUGUGACGUUUGGUGGCGCGAGGUCUCGGAGGAUGUCAUACCACCCACGCCAGAGUUGACCAUGCCUUUGUGGGAGGAUGGCGAGGCAUUAAGCACGGAGGCUGGAGACAAGCUUGGCCUUUGCCGCAUUGCGGGCGCCGGCGAGGGUGGUCGGGCGCUUUUGGGUACGAUCGUGCUGGAAGGCCCUGACAUGGGAAUUUGCCACUUC